UCUCACUUCCUGUUGUAAAGAAAAUUCAAAAGGAAAUGUCAAAUCUUGAAAAAGAAGAAACCCACUUAAAUUAUUAAAUUCAGACAUCCAAUUCAUCUUCUUACAGAAGUGUACAUACACAAACCCUGUCUGUAUAUCUUGAUCAAACACAAUCCUCUUUAACCCCUUCUGUCCUAAACCAAAAAUCACCUGUAUAUAAAUUUUGAUCAGAAAAAAACCCUUUUGUGUUAAACAAAAAUUAGUUUAAUUCAUUGAAAGGGUUUGUUAAAGGCUCAAAAGGGUGUCUAUAUAUGGUCUUAUAAUUGUGUAUAGUUGAUUGUGUAGAGAGAAUUGAAGAAAUGGCUCAAACCCUAACCCUAAUUCCUGGGCUCCCAAAUGAUCUUGCUGGGUUGAUUUUGUCAUUUGUGCCUUAUGCUUAUCAUGCUAGGCUAAAACCCACCUCGAAGUCUUGGAGGAUUUUUUUUAAUUCAAAAACCCUAGUAUUGUUGAGGAAGAAAUCGAGAUUUUCACACCUACUGUGUGUGUUUCCGCAAGACCCUUCUGUGUCUUCGCCUUAUUUGUUUGAUCCUAAGAGUUUGGCUUGGUGCCCUUUACCUCCAAUGCCUUGUAAUCCUCAUGUUUAUGGUCUUUGUAAUUUUAGUUCUGUUGGGAUUGAUUCAUGUUUGUAUGUGCUUGGUGGGUCGCUUUUCGAUACGAGGUCUUUUCCCAUGGAUAGGCCUUCUCCGUCGAGUUCUGCGUGGCGGUAUGAUUUUUUGAGGAGUCAGUGGGAGGCUUUGUCGCCUAUGUUGUCGCCUCGUGGGAGUUUUGCUUGUGUGGCAAAUAAGGAUAAGAUUGUUGUGGCAGGGGGUGGGUCGAGGCAUACAUUGUUUGGGGCUGCUGGGAGUAGGAUGAGUUCUGUGGAAAUGUAUGAUAUUAGGAAGGAUGAGUGGGUGAGGUUGGAUGGGUUGCCGCGUUUUCGAGCUGGUUGUGUUGGGUUUUUGGUUGGGAGUGGUGAGGAGAAGGAGUUUUGGGUUAUGGGUGGGUAUGGUGAGUCUAGGACUGUUCUUGGGGUGUUUCCAGUAGAUGAGUAUUAUAGGGAUGCUGUGGUGAUGGAAAUGAAGAACGGUGGGGGGACUUGGAGGGAGCUCGGGGAUAUGUGGGAAGAAGGGGAGAGGAGGCGGUUAGGGAGAAUUGCCGUGCUAGAUGGCCCAGGCUGGGACGCUCCAGGGAUUUUCAUGCUUGAUAUGGGUGAUAUUUUCAGGUAUGACAUGUCUUCAAACCGUUGGUGGAAGGAGACGAGUGUUCCAAGAAAAGCUUCAGAUGAAUUUUCAAUCGGCUUUGUUGCAUUGGAUGGGGAACUGCACAUAAUAGGCCUCCAGAGUGGAUUUGAUUCCACGGAGAGCCGGAGGCCAAGACACAAUAAAAGGUCAUCAACACUGCUUGUGCAAAUAUAUGAUCCUAAAAAGAACUCAUGGAGAUCCCUUCAGACAAAGCCGCCUUUUGGUCAUCCUUUAGACCUCAAAACUGCAGUUCUGUGCACGGUACAACUAUAGAUUCAAAUGCUUUGUUAUGCUUGGCGAUCUCUCUUAAAGGUUUAUUUAUAUUGUGAAACAGAACUCUUGAAUUUGUAUGGCAUUGUAAAGGUUGAUAAAAAUUAUGCAUAAUCGAAGACAUGAAUUUGUGUUUAGAAACAGAGUGUGUACAUACAGUAAAUGAAUUUGGAUUCGACGUCCUUUGUGCUUAAA